UCCGGCUUCUUCCUGAACUUUCCUCCAGUUCAGUGGUGUCGGACAGUGCGAGUACGCGCAGGGGAAAUGGCCUUCCAUUUUUUUUCUGAGCCGCUUAGGAGGCUAUGCCGGUAGGCCAGUGAGUCUCCAGCCAUAGGAUCGCCUAGUGCUACCUGUGUGUUUUGCAAGGAUCUGAGCUACUUGGCCACGUGGUUGCUUUAUAAGCCGAGUCUGUCAAACAGCAAAGUUUGGUACUGGGCUUUGGGCAAGAGAGGAAUCGCGUUUUCUAAAGAAAGGCGUCAACAAGCGGAGUCCAUGGAUCAAAAAUGCCCCUCGCAACAACCGAGGGUGCUUUUUGGCAGGAAAGAAAUACAGGUCUUUUGCCAAGAACCGCCCCGGAUUGGUAACCCUUACCUGGAAGAUGCUUUCCUCCAGGGUUACCUGAAAGCACAUCUGCCCUCCAAGGUGUUUGCUGAGGUAAGUGUGGAGCUUGAGCGGUUUGGGGGUCGUGUGAAGAAUGAAAUUGAUCUCCUGGGGCGCGAGUGUGAGUUAAAUCCUCCCCAGUUGAAGCAGUUUGAUGCCUGGGGGCAGCGUGUGGACCAGAUUGUCACCUGCCCAGCCUGGAAGAGGAUGAAGGAGAUCUCAGCUGAGGAAGGGCUAAUUGCAGAGGCUUAUGAGAGGAGACACUCAAAUUGGAGUCGAGUUCACCAGAUUGCCAAACUGUAUCUCUAUGCACCUUCUGCCGGCGCCUUCACGUCUUCUCUCGCCAUGACUGAUGGUGCAGCAAAAGUAACAGAGUCCUUGGGUAUCCCCAAGCCCCUGGAGGAAGCCUUUAUUCAUUUGACAUCACGUGAUCCCCUCAAAUUUUGGACCUCUGGCCAGUGGAUGACUGAACGCAAAGGGGGCUCAGAUGUUGCUGGUGGCACAGAGACCAUUGCCCUGGAACGCCCUGAUGGUAGCUACAGUCUCCAUGGCUUGAAAUGGUUUACGACAGCCACCGAUUCGGAUAUGACAUUGACACUGGCAAGGACUGUGGCUGCCAACGGGCAAAUAGAGCAGGGCUCCAAAGGCCUGUCUCUGUUCUACCUGGAAGUACGCAAUAAGGAGGGGAAGCUGAACGGAAUCGAGAUCCAACGGCUGAAAGAGAAGCUGGGCACAAGGCAGGUGCCGACUGCGGAGCUGCUCCUGGAUGGAGCCAGGGCAUUCCGGAUCUCUGCAGAGGGCCGGGGUGUGGCUUCCAUUGCCAGCAUGCUGACCAUCACUAGGAUCCAUAAUGCCAUUUCUGCCGUUGCAAGCAUGAGAAGAGUGAUCACCAUGGCAAGGGAUUAUGCCACCAAGAGGGAAAGCUUUGGGAAAACCCUGAAGGAUCACCCGCUGCACAUGCAGACCUUGGCUCGAAUGGAGGUUCAAACCCGAGGAGCAUUCCUGCUGCUGAUGGAGAUGGGGAGACUGCUUGGGCUGGAAGAAACCAAGAACGCCACACAGCAGGAACAGCACAUGCUUAGGCUGCUGACACCCGUGGUGAAACUUUACACUGGGAAACAGGCUGUUGCUGUUAUCUCCGAAGGGCUGGAGUGUUUCGGAGGGCAGGGCUACAUGGAAGAUACAGGCUUGGCAGCAGCUUCCCGGGAUGCCCAGGUGCUAACAAUCUGGGAGGGAACAACAAAUAUCCUCUCUCUGGAUGUUCUGCGCGCCCUUGUCAAGAGCCAAGGAAAAGUGCUGGAUGCGUUUUUCUCUACUGCCCAGGCCAAGUCGAAGGUGGCUCUUGGCUUCUCUGAACUAGAACCUUCUGUGCAAAGAGUUGAAAACGCUCUUCACAAACUCAGACAGUUCACUCAGAAAAUAAGCUCAAAGGAGGCAGUCGGGAUGCAGCUGGCUGCAAGAGACUUUGCCUACACUCUCGCACGGAUCUAUGGAGGAGUUCUCUUGCUGGAACAUGCUGCCAGGCCUAACGCAUCAGCCACGGACAUCUAUACUGCUCAGAGAUGGUGUCACCAAGACCUCUGCCCUGUCGACAGUGAAGACAAAGCUGGCGCUUACAGCACUGAAGCAGCUUCUAUGGAUACUUCCUUGGUUUACGACAGACAUCCAGUUCUGAAAGGAAGGCUGUAACAAAGAAUAAAGAGAGCAAAAGAGAUACUAUGCGCUAUCCUGGAAUAAAAAGCAGAGGGAGUGUACUCUAAGAGAUAAAACAGUGUAAUUUGCCCUGGAGUAAGGUGGUAAACGUAAUCAUACCUGCACAUCCCACUCUCUCAUACUUGCCAUUGCCUAGAUAGAAAAAGUGUGCUGGAACGCAUGUUAGGUGCUGUGAACUUCGGUGAUGUCCAAGCUGAGGUCAAUAGUAGAAGGCUUGUGCUAUGGCUGACUUGGGCCUGAAAGUCUCUUUAAGGCUAAGCAUAUCUGCUGUGCAUUGAAUGGUUUACUAUUGAGGCAGUCCACAAAUGAAUCAAUCAAAAUCUCUCAAUGAAUAUUAAGUAUGGUCCUCACUACAUCUUGAGUGCGUAAGUCAGACAAUUGAUAAGGUGAACACUAUUGGAACAAAUGCAAGCUUUACAGCAUUGGAGAGAAAAAUGCUUUUCUGUUAAAAUCAAAUAAAAGUUAAUAAAUGCUUUUAAAAA